AUGAUUCGUACUCCAAAGAGAAGUAACAAACAAGAUGACUUUGUCACACCUCAAAUGAAAUUGGAUCUUCGUAAAGAACUACAAUCAGCAAUUCAGCGACGAAACAAUUUGACGAGCAGAUCAAAAUUAAAAUGCAUUAAAUUUUUGGAAAAUUCUUUUGAAGAUGAAGAAAAAAAUGAACCAAAUGAUUUUGAUAAAAGAAUUAUACUUCGAAGAAAGGCUAUUGAGGAAGUAUUGACAUCAGAAAGAAGCUACAUUGCACAAUUAGAUAAACUUGUGAAUUUCUUCGUCAAUCCUUUGAAGAAUUUAAAUCUAAUUGAUAUAAACAGUCACACAACACUAUUUGGACAACUGGAAUUGAUCCACAACAUCAACAAUGAAUUAUUAACACGACUUGAAAACGAUUCUGACGACGUCGCUGGUGCAUUUUUAAAGUUAGCGCCAUUCUUCAAAAUUUACUCCGUUUACGCUUUCGAUUACCGAAAUUCACUUUUACUCCUCCAAACACUAACAACAAAGAAUGUCGCAUUUCGAUCAUUUCUUGAGAAGGCUGAAUCAAGACCUGAAGUUCAACAAAAGUUAAAUUCACUUCUCAUCACACCUAUUCAAAGAGUUCCUCGUUAUCGUCUUCUUCUGCAACAAGUUCUCCUCUACACAAGUCCCGCUGAUAGUGACUACAAAAUGAUUCAAGAAUCAAUCCGACAAAUCGAAUCUUCAAUUAAUCACAUAAAUUCAGUUGUCGAAGAUCAGGAAAACAUUCAACGAAUGCUCAACAUUCAAAAUUCUUUAAGUGGAAGAAUUCCAAACAUCAUGAGGAACGUAAGACUUGAAACAUUUUACAAUCUCUGA